CCUCACUUUCCUAGCCUUAGAAGAGGAAGACUUGCGCCUUCACCAUCAAAGUCUGGGCUGGCCAGUGUCCUCCCCGACGUGCCACAGAGCCAGCCUGGUGAAGGGUGAGCAGAAGCUCCUGCCAGCGUAGCCGACGCCCUGCCACGGCCUGCAGGACAUCAAGCGGAGAAAUGCUGCGUCAGCACUCCCUGCUGCUCACCCUCUCCGGUCUGCUUUUCCUUGGGUCUGUUCUCUCCCAGGAGUGCAACAAAUUCAAGGUCAGCACCUGCCGGGACUGCAUCGAGUCAGGGCCUGGCUGCGCCUGGUGCCAGAAGCUGAACUUCACCGGGCGAGGGGAGCCCGACUCCGUCCGCUGCGACACGAGGGCACAGCUGACGGCCAGGGGCUGUGACCCGGAUGACAUCAUGGACCCCAAAAGCUUCUCGGAGACCAACGAGAACCAGCAGGGGGGCCAGAAGCAGCUGUUCCCCCAGCGAGUGACGCUCCAUCUGAGACCAGGUCAGGAGGCCGUGUUCAACGUGACCUUCCGGCGUGCCAAAGGCUACCCCAUCGACCUGUACUACCUGAUGGACUUGUCCUACUCCAUGCUCGAUGACCUCAUCAACGUCAAGAAGCUGGGGGGCGACCUGCUCCGGGCCCUCAAUGAGAUCACCGAGUCUGGCCGCAUCGGCUUCGGGUCCUUCGUGGACAAGACCGUGCUCCCCUUUGUCAACACGCACCCCGAGAAGCUGAAGAACCCGUGCCCCAACAAGGAGAAGGCGUGCCAGCCCCCGUUCGCCUUCAGGCACGUGCUGAAGCUUACCGACAACUCCAACCAGUUCCAGACCGAGGUGGGGAAGCAGCUGAUUUCAGGAAACCUGGACGCCCCCGAGGGGGGGCUGGACGCCAUGAUGCAAGUCGCAGCGUGCCCGGAUGAGAUUGGCUGGCGCAACGUCACUCGGCUGCUGGUGUUUGCCACCGACGACGGCUUCCACAUUGCAGGUGAUGGGAAGCUGGGGGCCAUCCUGACCCCCAAUGACGGCCGCUGCCACCUGGAGGACAACAUGUACAAAAAAAGCAAUGAGUUUGACUACCCAUCGGUGGGCCAGCUGGCACACAAACUGGCUGAAAGCAACAUCCAGCCCAUCUUUGCUGUGACCAAGAAAAUGGUGCAGACCUAUGAAGAACUCACGAAGAUUAUCCCCAAGUCUGCGGUUGGGGAGCUGUCGGAUGACUCCAGCAACGUGGUCCAGCUCAUUAAGAAUGCCUACAAUAAACUCUCCUCCAGAGUCUUUCUGGAUCACAACGCCGUCCCCAACACCGUGAAAGUCACCUAUGACUCAUUCUGCGGUAACAGAGAACCACGGAGGAACCAGCCCCGGGGGGACUGCGACGGUGUCCAGAUCAAUGUGCCGGUCACCUUCCAGGUGAAGGUCACAGCCACAGAGUGCAUUCAAGAGCAGUCGUUUGUCAUCCGGGCGCUGGGCUUCACGGACACGCUGACCGUGAGGCUACUUCCCCAGUGCGAGUGCCAGUGCCGCGACAUGAGCCGGGACCGAAACCACUGUGGGAACAAGGGCUCUGUGGAGUGCGGCAUCUGCAGGUGCGAUGCCGGCUACAUUGGGAAGAACUGUGAGUGCCAGACGCAGGGCCGGAGCAGCCAGGAGCUGGAAGGCAGCUGCCGGAAAGACAACAGCUCCAUCGUUUGCUCGGGGCUGGGGGACUGCAUCUGCGGGCAGUGCGUGUGCCACAGGAGCGACGUGCCCAACAAGGAGAUCUUCGGGCAGUUCUGCGAGUGCGACAACGUCAACUGCGAGCGCUACAACGGCAGAGUCUGCGGAGGCGCUGACCGUGGUGAAUGCCGCUGCGGCAAGUGCCUCUGCAAACCGGGCUAUGGGGGCUCGGCCUGCCAGUGCCAACAGUCCACAGAGGGCUGCCUGAACCUGCGGGGGAACGUUUGCAGUGGCCGAGGCCAGUGCCUGUGCAACACGUGCCAGUGCGACUCUGGCUACCAGCUGCCCUUCUGUGAGGACUGCACAGUGUGCCCCCAUUUCUGCAGCGACUGCAGGUCCUGUGCUGAGUGCCUGAAAUUCGACAAGGGCCCCUUCGUGAAGAACUGCAGUGUGGCGUGCCAGGGACUGAAACUGCUGAGCACGCCCCAUGAGCGGAGUCCGUUGAGGAACCCCAAGCUGACACGGAAGUGCAAGGAGCGCGACUCGGAAGACUGCUGGAUGACCUACACCCUGUGGCAGUUGGAUGGGAAGGACACACAUGAUAUCUACGUGGAAGAGAUUCGAGAGUGUCCAAAAGGCCCCAACAUCGCUGCCAUCGUGGGGGGCACUGUGGCAGGAGUCGUGCUGAUCGGUGUCCUCCUGCUGGUCAUCUGGAAAGCUCUGACCCACCUUAGUGACCUCAGGGAGUACAAGCGCUUUGAGAAGGAGAAGCUCAAGUCUCAGUGGAACAACGAUAACCCACUUUUCAAGAGUGCCACCACCACAGUCAUGAACCCCAAGUUUGCCGAGAGUUAGGGGCACUUGGUGAAGACAAGGUCGUCUGAGCCCACCAGAUGGAACCACCCACAAACCACGUCUCCUGCAUCAAGCCGACUGCAACCCUGCUCCGUGUGGACAUGGCUUACAAUGCCUGAUAACUCCUAUUAACCGAAACUCACCGUUAUUUUCUGGCUCAAAGCGACAAGGCAAGAUGAUUAUGUGGACUCCUCAGGAGACACAGUUGCCCCUUCUGAUGUGUAUUACCUUUUAAUACAGACUUGCGAAAGGGAUCGCUGGGGUCUUACACGCUUAGAUACAUGUUUUCCUGUAUAAAAAUGAGGGUGGCUGUCUGAUGAAAGGUGGUAAAAGCGUAUUUAUAUUUGCACUGAUUAUCAGGGUAUAAAAUCACAUCUGUUGAUUAUACUGUUCCCCAAUCAUGUGUAUAGGAAACAUUAAUAAACUUUCCUAGAGUCUCUCUA